AUGUCCGCCAACACGAUUACCCGGUCGAUCGAAAUCGGACUUCGAGUCGUCGGUAUCUGGCCGGGUGCGGCCUACGCGAUCGCCAAACGACUCUUCUGGACCGCUACGAUGAUAGCCGCGCAGAUUUUUCAAUAUCGCCACGUGGCGUUACAUCUUAAUUCCAAGGACAUCUCGCAAUUGAUGGACGGGCUGAGCGCGACACUGUCGUACAGUUUGUUGUUUGUCAAAUUGAUUGUUUUCUGGACGAAGCAACGAAUAUUCAACGACGUGUUAACGAGCAUCACGACAGAUUGGGAGGAAUGUAGAGACAGUUUGUACAACAUGAAUAGUGUGGCCAACAUGUCGCACCGUUUCUCUAAUUUGAUCAUCGGUCUCCAUUCAACGGCCGUGCUGUUUUAUGGCAUCGGCGUCGUCGCUUUGCGCAACGACGACGUCACUGAUACCGCCGAUCGCGAACUUUUUCUUAAAAUGGAAUUACCCUUCGAGAGCGGCACGUCACCGAUUUACGAGGUUGUCAUGACCACACAGUUUCUGCAUCAAAUGACGGCCGCCACCGUGAUCGGCGUGCUCAGCGCAUUACUCGUUACAUUGGUGCUCCAUGCAGGUGGUCAGAUAGACAUUUUACGGGAAAAAUUAUUAGAAAUUUUGCCAAAGGAAAAGAAACCAACUAUUUCCGCGAUCACGAUGGGCUCGUUAAUUCGAAAGCAUCAAAAUAUCAUCGUAUUCACCGAGAAAAUUGAAAGUCUAUAUUCCUAUAUCGCGCUAGCCCAAUUCAUAUCAAAUACCCUCGUUAUAUGCUGCUUAGGCUUUAUCAUCGUAAAUUCGAUCGGUGGUGAUCAAGGCUCCUCUAUGUUGGUCAGAUCUCUUUUAUUUUAUGUCGUCAUUAAUUUAGAAGCAUUUAUUUUUUGUUUCGCCGGCGAAUAUCUAAGCGUCAAGGUAAGCAAUUCCAGUUCAUUUUACUGUAACAAUUAUCUGUUCUUGCGUUCAGAAUUUUUGCUCCGUUUUAAUUUUCAGAGCAAAUUGAUUGGCGACGCAGCAUAUGAAUCUCUUUGGUACGACUUGACUCCCAGCGAGAAUCGAAUCCUGCUCUUCCUGAUAAUGAGAUCGCAAAAACAAUUAACGAUUACAGUCGGCAGAUUCACGAAUCUUUCUCUGCAACAGUUCGCGAACGUAAGUUUCAUCGUCAAUUAGCAUAUACAUUA